UCAUCCUUCUCCUUCUUCUUCUCCAAAAACCUCUCUCGCUCUCUCGCUCUCUCUCUAACGUUUUCCCUGCCGCUCCACCCUACUCCCACAUUCUUCUACUGUGAUGUCGUUCUAGAUUCGGCUGCUUCCAUUGAUGCCAUUCAUGCAAACGAAUCCCUGAACGCGAAAUGAUGUCGUCGUCCCCGAUCUUCUUCAGAUCAGGGCUACUCCUCCUCCUCUCGAUCCUCUUCCUUUUAACCCUAGCUCCCACGCCUUCCCAAUCGGCCGUCUCGAGCAUAGAUCUAGGCUCCGAAUGGAUCAAAGUCGCCGUCGUAAACCUCAAACCAGGCCAAACCCCAAUCUCCAUCGCCAUCAACGAAAUGUCCAAGCGCAAGUCCCCCGUUCUAGUAGCCUUCCAGAACGGCAACCGUUUGAUCGGCGAGGAAGCCGCCGGGUUGACCGCCAGAUACCCCGACAGAGUGAUUUCCCACAUCCGCGAUUUGGUCGGGAAACCGUUUGAUUACGUGAAGAGUUACAUCGAGUCGAUGUACUUGCCUUUUCACUUGGUGGAUGACUCGAGGGGAGGCGUGGGGGUUAGGAUUGAGGAUGGAGACGUGGCUUACUCGGCCGAGGAGCUGGCCGCGAUGGUGCUGGGGUUUGCUGUUGAAUUGGCGACGGUUCAUUCGAAGGGGAAGGUGAAGGAUGUUGUGAUUACGGUGCCUGCCUGCUUUGGGCAGGCGGAGAGGAAGGGUUUGAUUCAGGCAGCCGAGUUGGCGGGGAUUAAUGUGUUGUCUCUUGUUAAUGAGCAUUCGGGCGCCGCGUUGCAGUACGGGAUCGAUAAAGAUUUCUCCAACGGGUCAAGGAAUGUGGUUUUCUACGAUAUGGGCGCGAGUAGUACUUAUGCUGCUCUUGUGCAUUUCUCGGCGUAUAACGCCAAGGAGUAUGGGAAGAGUGUGUCAGUCAACCAGUUUCAGGUCAAGGAUGUAAGAUGGGACCCACAACUUGGGGGUCAGACUAUGGAAUCAAGGUUGGUGGAGCACUUUGCGGAUGAGUUUAACAAGCAACUUGGAACCGGGUUUGAUGUGAGGAAGUCUCCCAAGGCGAUGGCUAAGUUGAAGAAACAGGUUAAGCGUACAAAAGAAAUUCUAAGUGCAAAUACGAUGGCUCCAAUUUCAGUUGAAUCUCUUUAUGAUGACCGUGACUUUAGGAGCAUGAUAACUCGUGAGAAGUUCGAAGAGCUUUGCGAAGAUCUUUGGGAGAAAUCCCUUAUCCCUCUUAAAAAUGUACUAGAGCAUUCUGGUUUGAAGGUUGAGGAUGUAUACGCAGUGGAAUUAAUUGGAGGUGCCACUCGAGUUCCAAGACUACAGGCUACGCUCCAAGAAUUCCUUGGGAGGGAAAAUCUGGACAAACACUUGGAUGCUGAUGAAGCUACUGUUCUUGGUGCUUCAUUACAUGCAGCAAACUUAAGUGAUGGAAUCAAAUUAAAUCGUAAACUGGGGAUGGUUGAUGGUUCUUCGUAUGGAUAUGUGAUUGAGUUUAAUGGACCUGAUCUUCUGAAAGACGAAAACAGCUCAAAGUUUGUUGUGGGAAGAAUGAAAAAAGUACCUAGUAAGAUUUUCAAACCCUUUUCCCAUAAUAAAGACUUCGAAGUUUCCCUUGCCUAUGAGGGUGACCUACUACCCCCCGGUGUUGCUUCACCAGUAUUCGCUCAGUAUUCUGUGUCUGGUCUGACUGAUGCUAGUGAAAAGUAUGCAUCUCGUAAUCUUUCUUCCCCCAUCAAGGCCAAUAUGCAGUUUUCUCUCAGUAGAAGUGGGGUACUUUCCUUGGAUCGGGCAGAUGCGGUAAUUGAAAUAUCUGAAUGGGUUGAAGUCCCCAAAAAGAAUCUUACUGUGGAAAACUCAGCUUCUGGAUCACCCAACAUCUCAGCUGAAGGUGGGCCAAAGAACACUUCAGAAGAAAGCAUUGACGACCAGCAAACGGAUGGUGGAUCAAGUAAUACAUCCAACACGAGUGUAAAUGAACAAAGCACCACUGAUCUUGGUACAGAAAAAAAGCUAAAGAAGAGGACUUUUAGAGUUCCACUUAAGAUUGUUGAGAAGGCAGUGGGACCUGGGAUGCUGUCGGAAGAAGCUUUUCUUGAAGCUAAAGCAAGACUAGAAGCACUGAAUAAAAAGGAUUCCGAACGAAAAAGAACAGCAGAGUUGAAAAAUAGCCUUGAAGGAUACAUAUAUGCCACUAAAGAAAAGCUUGAAGUUUUGAAGGAGUUGGAGAAAAUUUCUUCGAAUCAAGAACGCCAGUCCUUCAUUGAAAAACUUGACGAGGUGCAGGAAUGGUUGUACACAGACGGAGAAGAUGCGUCUGCCACCCAGUUUCAAGAAAAACUAGAUUUGUUAAAAGCUAUUGGUGAUCCCAUAUUUUUCAGAUUUAAUGAGCUUACGGCAAGACCAGCAGCAUGUGAACAUGCUCGAAGAUACCUUAGUGAGCUACAACAGAUUGUGCAUGGAUGGGAAACGAAAAAAGCUUGGCUUCCGAGAGAGAGAAUAGAUGAGGUUUUGAGGGACACUGAAAAGUUGAGAAAAUGGUUGGAUGAGAAAGAGGCUGAGCAGAAGAAAAUUUCGUCAUCCAGCAAGCCAGCAUUUACAUCUGAAGAAGUAUAUGAGAAGAUACUAGAUCUUCAAGACCAGGUUGCUAGCAUCAACAAAAUUCCCAAGCCAAAGCCAAAAGUUGAGAAGCCGGUAAAGAAUGAUACUGCCUCCAGCUCAUCUUCUGAGGAGACUAAUACUACAUCAUCUGAAGACAGCCAAACAUCAGAGACGUCGGAGAGCUCAAUCCCUGAGGAAGCAGACUCUGAACCAGAUGUUCACGAUGAGUUGUGAUUGAAACGAGUGAGGCAUAGAAGGUUAAUAUCGAGGGAGGCAUAUUCUUCUUCGGGUGGACAAGCAAACAAACAUUACUUAGGAAGCAUGUUCAACUGGAAAGGAGUUGAUGCCCGAGUCGAGCCAAUUUUUCAGGUGGCAUGGUUUAAUUGCCAUUCUUGGGUUUGGUUCUUUUCUUACAAUCCAUCGAUAUUUGCGAAGGAUUUUUACCCUUGUUAAUUGUUGUGUCUUUAGACCAUACCAACUAUGACUAGGGGUAAUAUACUGGCUAACGACGAAGCCAUCAGGAGAUUUUGGUAUAAUGAUACUGUGCUUUUUGUUUCUUAGUAAUGUCUUGAGGGAUCUUAUCUUAUCUAGAGAAGUGAUGAGAUACGGACGAGGCUCUUUAUAUCUUGUAUUUUGUAAUUGAUGAGUUAGUAAUUGUUUCCUAAA